AUGACAGAAGAUAUACCAGAACUCAAAUUCGAUUGUGGUCCACAAGGAAAUUUAACUACGUCUGUAUACAAUGAAACAAUCAUCAAAGCAAUAUAUGUUUGUGGUAGAUAUAAGGAAAGAUAUGGACAGUCACAAAAGAACGGAACAAGCAAUGGAAGAAAUAAAGCAAUCAACUUCAAAGGGUUGAUAGUAUUGAUGGUAAUUAUGUUGCUUGAGGUGGUACAAGCUAUCAGUGACGUGGAUAAUGUUGGCCUUCAAUUGAUUGAUUUGCCUGAUGUAGACGGAAAUGUCUACAACGUGACACAAUCGGACGUUGUUGAUGAUUAUUUCUUACUGAGAUUAGCGGGAGAGAACAUUACUGCAAUAAUCGACACCUAUACCGGGAGAUACUAUGAAGUAGUAGAUACCGAUCAGGCCCAAGUUGAAGAAGUCAAUAGUAAUAGUUCGAAUAUUGAAAAAAGGUGCCAAAUUAUGGGUCCACAGGUAUCUACAGUGAGAGAGUGGCAGACAGCUCAAUCAGGUACUUGGUGGUCUCCUUGGUACCCUGUGUCAUGCUGCCACUAUUGUGAUAAAGGACCCAGUAGUUGCAGCAUCAAUUUGGGAUACUCAUUCACUUAUGGGUGGUCAGUAACAGGAGGUGUAACUUUGGCGCAAUUACAAGUUUCUACCUCAUUCACAUUGACCAGGUCAUACACUAAGGACUCUUCAUUCACAUGUAAUUGGAAUGGCGGAAGUGGACCAGCGCAAAUAUGGUAUCAACAGCAAGUCUACUGGGCUGAUAUGCAGAAACGGGACAGAAUAUUCAGUCCGGGAUGUAUGCAAGUAUUACCAUGGAGCAAGUAUUAUAGGUCCAAUGUGCCAAUCAAAGAUUCAUAUCACGUUGGAUGUAGCGUCGGGUGGGGUAACAUAAAUUGCGAAGUGCUGCAGAAAUGUGUUCCAAACCAUUGA